AUGGGUCAACAAUGCGACUGCUUCCGACCAGCUGUGAUACCGGAGCACAUCCAGCAAUACUCUAAUCAAUACCAUGAGUAUGACCAGCAAGAAUCCCCUUCGCGACCCAUUUCUAGACUGCACAAUACUCCAAACAUCCCACCGCCUGCAGCAUCAAUGGUAGAUAUCCCUCACUACUCUUCUCGCCCGAGCUCCCCAACGCGGCCUUGGUCCCCAUCCCGUGCCCCCGACUGGACUCGUCCCACUAGACCAUCGUCAGUUGCAGGCUCGCACUACGAAAGUGCGGAUCUCAAUGGCAGUCCUCGACCAGGCACUCCCAGUUCCAGAUAUGGAGGUAGCCCACGACGACCGUUACCGCCUGCACCACUAUUUGCAGGCCCAGUGUCAGCGGCCAGCGGGCAAGAUGCCAGCAUCGACAUCGGUGAUAUCAAUGAUCCUGAUGAUGUCUUUGGGAGUGGCAGGAGAACAGCUGACCCACACCAUCAUCAUAGUGCUAGUGUUCAGUCAUUUAUGAGUGAAUCCACAAUAAUCACUGAUGAAAAAGAUACUAUGACCAAAGUUGACUUGGAUGAAUAUGACGAGACAAGCGAGAUGGUGGAUCCUAAUCUACACUAUGGUCCCGCUCCGGAGAAGCAAAGCCGACGGGGUGUUCGAGAGGCUCAGAUGUCUAAAAAAGAAGUCCAACUGAUCAACGGUGAACUGAUCUUGGAAUGUAAGAUUCCAACCAUCUUGCAUAGCUUCCUACCUCGUCGAGACGAUCGAGAAUUCACGCACAUGCGAUACACAGCGGUGACCUGUGACCCAGACGACUUCGCCCAAAGGGGAUACAAAUUGCGCCAACAGAUCGGUAGCACCAUGCGCGAAACGGAGUUGUUUAUCUGCGUGACUAUGUACAAUGAGGAUGAGAUAUGUUUUACUAGGACUAUGCAUGGCGUUAUGCGGAAUAUUAGCCACCUCUGCUCCCGCUCGAAAUCCCGAACUUGGGGCAAAGAUGGGUGGCAAAAGAUUGUGGUUUGUGUGAUUGCAGAUGGCCGUAAAAAGGUGCAUCCCAGAACUCUCAACGCUUUGGCAGCCAUGGGUGUCUAUCAGGAAGGGAUUGCCAAGAACAUCGUGAACCAGAAACAGGUGAAUGCGCAUGUCUACGAGUACACAACCCAAGUGUCGCUUGACUCAGAUCUGAAGUUCAAGGGAGCAGAAAAAGGCAUUGUUCCAUGUCAGGUCAUCUUCUGCCUGAAGGAACAUAACCAGAAGAAGCUUAACUCCCACCGCUGGUUUUUUAACGCGUUCGGCAGAGCGCUUCAGCCGAAUAUUUGCAUUCUUCUUGAUGUUGGUACAAAACCAGAACCGACCGCUUUAUACCACUUGUGGAAAGCAUUCGAUCAGGAUUCCAAUGUUGCUGGGGCUGCUGGCGAGAUCAAGGCUGGCAAAGGCAGAGGCAUGCUUGGUCUUCUCAAUCCUUUAGUUGCAAGCCAGAAUUUCGAAUAUAAGAUGUCUAACAUUUUGGAUAAGCCCCUGGAGUCUGUCUUCGGCUAUAUUACCGUGCUCCCCGGUGCCCUUAGUGCCUACCGGUUUUUUGCACUGCAGAAUGAUGCAGAGGGCAACGGGCCAUUGAACCAGUACUUCAAGGGAGAAACGUUGCAUGGACAGGAUGCGGAUGUGUUCACAGCCAACAUGUAUCUAGCUGAAGACCGUAUCCUCUGCUGGGAAUUGGUAGCUAAGCGCGAUGAAAGAUGGGUCUUGCGAUUUGUCAAGAGUGCGGUUGGAGAAACUGACGUCCCAGAUAAUAUUCCUGAGUUUAUCUCCCAGCGAAGACGUUGGCUGAAUGGUGCAUUUUUUGCAGCCGUCUACUCUAUUGUCAAUGCAAACUUCUAUCUCGCGUUCUAUUUCAUUGCUGGAUCACUUUCAAAUAAGAAAAUUGAUCCAUUUGGUCACAAUAUGGGCAAGUACAUUUUUACCGUGCUACGAUAUGCUUGCGUGGUAAUAAUGUGUCUACAAUUUAUCAUCUCGAUGGGAAACCGACCUCAGGGUGCUAAAAAGCUGUAUUUAUCCGGCAUUAUCGUGUACUGUGUCAUCAUGGUCUACACUGCAUUCUGUACCAUAUACCUUAUCGUCUUGGAGCUUAUGGCAAAAGCUGGAGCCAAUACUCACAUUGAUCUCAAGGUGGAUGACGGAUUAUUUGUAAAUAUUGUCAUUUCGAUGCUUUCAACUAUCGGCCUUUAUUUCUUUAGCUGCUUCCUCUACCUUGAUCCAUGGCACAUGUUCACCUCGUCCGCACAAUACUUUGCGCUCAUGCCGAGUUACAUUUGUACCCUGCAGAUUUACGCCUUCUGCAACACUCAUGACGUGACCUGGGGUACCAAAGGUGACAACACGAUCCACACGGAUCUGGGUGCAGCGCGUAUUAUUAACGGCUCCAUUGUCGAAGUUGAGAUGCCCUCGGAACAGCUUGACAUCGACAGCGGGUACGAUGCCGCACUGCGGAAUCUCCGUGACCGCCUCGAAGUUCCCAAGCCUCCCAUCCCUGAAAGCCAACAGCAGGAAGACUACUAUCGAGCUGUCCGCACGUAUAUGGUGUCGAUCUGGAUGGUGGCCAACCUCAUCUUGGCCAUGGCUGUUUCGGAGGUCUAUGGGGUCGAUUCUGGUGGUACGAACGUCUACUUGGCCAUUGUGCUGUGGUCUGUCGCUGUGCUCGCCCUGUUCCGUGUACUUGGAUCCACGACCUAUGCCAUUCUCUUUGUGGUGCAGAAGAUCGUCGAGGGCAAGACCAAAUUUGAGGCGGGCAAUAUCGCCCAUGCACAUGCGGCAGCCAAUGCUAGUGCCGUGGGUAGCAGCACCAGCUAUGGAGGGGGAGGUAGUGUUCGAGAUACAUUCACCGAGGCUAAGUGGGCCGUUAAAAGACAGAUGGGUAAGGUCAUGUUUUGGAAGAAAUGA